UUCCGCAUGGAUAGAGCGAGGGGAACGCCUCCAGGAAAAGAAAUUAAAUGCACACACACACAGGCACACAGAGACAGGCGAUUUGAAAAUAUUCCAGAGAACGCGAUUUUGUGCUCCCGCAGCACAGCAUCGCAUGAAAGAGGCUGUCGGAGGAGCUGGCUGGCACAGGUUUAUUUUGUUGCAAUAUUUUCUUCCACCCCCAGCUCUUUACCCAGUGGAAUGAUAUCCAGAGCAAGUUUUUUGAGACAGGAAGUGAGGAAUGUUUUCACUAUGAGUGAUCUGAGAAGAAGGUGGGUUAGCCGAGAUAGCAGCUGUUUUGUACGAGAGGAACACAGUAAGUCAGUCCCCAAGGAAUACAGAUGAGAUGGCUCCGCAAGAAAAAGUCUCAGAGCGCUGUGUUUUUUCUUCAGCUACACGUAUGUGAAAGGAGACUCGGUGUCUUUGGAUCGCAGCAAAAGGAUUCCAGUGGAUGCCCCCUCUACUUUUACUGUGGUGGAAAACUUGCUUGUCUUUAAUGGAUACUGCUGCUGCUGGUUGAUUUUUGGAGACUUUACAGCUCCUUACUUUUUGAGAGGAGAUUGCUACUUUUCCUCUUACAAGUCCGUGGUGGUGGUAGCUUUUUGUCUCUAACCAUCGGUGUGGAAAAAGAAGAUGCCUCUACCUUUCGGGUUAAAAUUGAAACGAACUCGACGUUAUACAGUAUCCAGCAAGAGUUGCUUGGUGGCUCGGAUCCAGCUGCUCAACAAUGAAUUUGUGGAGUUCACGCUAUCUGUGGAAAGCACAGGCCAGGAAAGUCUCGAAGCAGUGGCUCAGAGGCUUGAAUUGCGGGAGAUUACGUAUUUCAGUCUGUGGUAUUACAACAAGCAGAAUCAGCGCAGAUGGGUAGAUUUGGACAAGCCUCUGAAAAAGCAGCUGGACAAAUAUGCCUUGGAGCCCACUGUGUAUUUUGGAGUAGUGUUCUAUGUGCCUACUGUCUCUCAGCUUCAGCAGGAGAUUACCAGGUAUCAGUAUUAUUUGCAGUUAAAGAAAGAUAUCUUGGAGGGUAACAUUCCUUGCACACUAGAACAAGCAAUACAUUUGGCUGGUUUAGCUGUUCAAGCUGAUUUUGGAGACUAUGAUCAGUAUGAAUCUCAGGAGUUUCUUCAAAGAUUUGCUUUGUUUCCAGUUGGUUGGCUACAAGAAGAAAAAAUUUUGGAAGAAGCGACACAAAAAGUUGCCUUGCUACAUCAGAAAUAUAGAGGCCUUACUCCUCCUGAUGCAGAAAUGUUAUAUAUGCAAGAGGUAGAGAGAAUGGAUGGCUAUGGUGAAGAGACCUAUCCUGCAAAGGACAGCCAAGGAAGUGACAUAUUCAUUGGAGCAUGUCUCGAUGGUAUCUUUGUGAAACAUAAAAAUGGCCGGCCGCCUGUUGUAUUUAGGUGGCAUGACAUUGCCAACAUGUCUCACAACAAAUCCUUUUUCGCAUUAGAGCUGGCAAACAAAGAAGAGACAAUUCAAUUCCAAACUGAAGAUAUGGAAACAGCAAAAUAUGUGUGGAGGAUGUGCGUAGCUAGACACAAAUUUUACAGACUAAAUAAAUGCAGCCUAGAUUCCCUGGACUCUCCACCUGAGGAGGGCUCUCAGAAAUCUUCCCUCAUUCUUUCCCUUCCACGCUUUCCAAUCCUUUCUCGUCCUUCACUUCCCAAAGGGCAAACCCAGCCCGUUACAGUGAAUCCUGUUAGAAGGCGAUCUUCUUCCAGGAUGUCCAUGCCCAAGCCUCAAGCUUACAUGAUGCCUCCACCACCUCAGCUGCAUUACAACGGUCAUUAUACUGAACCAUAUGCAUCCUCCCAAGAUAACCUCUUUGUGAGCAAUCAGAAUGGAUACUACUGUCACUCUCAGACUAGCUUGGAUAGAGCCCCUCAUGACUACGGUGGUCGAAUCCGCAAUGGUAGUGUCUAUAGUGCACAUAGCACAAACUCCCUGAAUAAUCCACAGCAUUACUUGCAGCCAUCCCCUAUGUCCUCUAACCCAAGCAUUACUGGAAGCGAUGUCCUCAGGACUGAUUAUGUCCCAUCACACAGACACAGCGCGCUAAUACCACCUUCUUAUCGGCCCACGCCAGACUAUGAAACUGUGAUGAGACAGCUCAAAAGGGGAAUGGUACACACAGAUAGGCAGAGUCAUUCAAUGAGAAAUCUCAACAUCAGCAAUACUUAUGCCUACAGCCGGCCCGAUGCCUUGGUUUACAGUCAACCUGAAAUAAGAGAACAUGCACACUUCACUUCCCCUCAGUCUAACCAUUACCCAUUUAACCUGAACUACAGUUUCCAUAGUCAGUCCCCCUACCCCUAUCCUGCUGAAAAGCGCCCAGUUGUUGGGGCAGUCAGUGUGCCUGAGCUGACAAAUGUGCAGCUCCAGGCUCAGGAUUAUCCAGCACCAAAUAUAAUGAAGACCCAAGUCUAUCGACCUCCUCCCCCAUACCCAUAUCCAAGACCUGCAAAUAGUACUCCGGACCUUUCCCGACAUAUCUACAUUAGCAGCAGCAACCCGGAUCUUAUCACGAGGCGAGUGCAUCAUUCUGUCCAGACAUUUCAGGAAGACAGCCUGCCUGUGGCACAUUCUCUACAGGAAGUCAGUGAACCUCUAACAUCGGCACGCCAUGCUCAGUUGCAGAAAAGGAACAGUAUUGAAAUAGCAGGCUUGACUCCUAGCUUUGAAGGAAUAAGAAUAAAAGAGAGGACCAUGUCAGCAUCUGCAGCAGAUGUGGCUCUUCCAAGAGCUAUCUCGGAAGGGUCACAGCCCAACAUUCUGAUGGAGAGAACCAAACAAAAAGAAAAUGAACAAGAUGAAGGUGUGAGCUGUGAUCAUAAGAAAACCCUUUCAGAUGCCACUAUGCUGAUUCACAGUAGUGAAGAAGAGGAAGAAUUUGAAGAAGAAAACAAAGCUAGUACUAGUCUCUCUCCUCUCCCUGAAGAUAGAACCCAACUUUCAUCCAUAAUGGGUGGUUAUUCUCAUGAUCCUGUACUCAACUACCCCUAUAGCUCUGUUGCUUCAUCUGCUGGCCCUUUGCAUAUUCUUGAGCCUAAAUUACAUAUUACAGAGACAGAAAAGAGAAUAAAAGAUAUGAGCCCGGUUCAUUUAUUAGUAGAAAGCCAGGUACAGAGAAGAGGGGAAGGACUGCUUAUGCCAUCUAUGUCAGAAUCUGACCUUACAAUGUCAGGGAGAUACAGAGUAAGGAAGGAUUCGAUAAAGAAGAGACCUGUGUCUGAUCUUUUGUCUGGGAAGAAGAAUAUUGUGGAAGGCCUUCCCCCACUAGGUGGUAUGAAAAAGAAUAAAACUGAUGCAAAAAAAAUAGGGCCUCUAAAGCUAGCUGCCCUGAAUGGACUAACUUUGACUAGAAUGCCUCUACCAGAUGAGGGGAAGGAGGAAUCAACAAGAGCAACAAAUGAUGAAAGGUGUAAAGUUCUGGAACAACGGUUAGAGCAGGGGAUGGUGUUUACUGAAUAUGAGCGCAUUCAGAAGAAAAGGCUUAUAGAUGGUGAGUGCUCAAUAGCUCGGCUUCCUGAAAAUGCUGAGAGAAACCGCUUCCAGGACGUCCUUCCUUAUGAUGAUACCAGAGUAGAACUAGUCCCAACCAAAGAAAAUAACACGGGUUACAUCAAUGCAUCUCAUAUCAAGAUUUCGGUUGGUGGCAUGGAGUGGGAUUACAUUGCUACACAGGGCCCUUUGCAGAAUACAUGUCAGGAUUUCUGGCAGAUGAUCUGGGAACAAGGAAUUGCCAUCAUAGCUAUGGUGACAGCAGAGGAAGAAAGUGGGAGAGAAAAAAGCUUCAGAUAUUGGCCACGUCUUGGCUCAAGGCACAACACUGUAACAUAUGGAAGAUUUAAGAUUACCACACGAUUCCGUACUGAUUCAGGCUGCUAUGCAACUACGGGUUUGAAGAUCAAACAUCUUCUCACGGGACAGGAGAGAACAGUGUGGCAUUUGCAGUACACUGACUGGCCAGAGCAUGGCUGUCCAGAGGAUUUAAAGGGAUUUCUCUCAUACUUGGAAGAGAUCCAGUCAGUGCGGCGCCAUACAAACAGCACUGCAGAUCCUAAGAACUCUAAUCCUCCUGUGCUGGUGCAUUGCAGUGCAGGUGUAGGACGAACAGGAGUGGUCAUACUGUCAGAGAUCAUGAUUGCCUGCUUGGAACACAAUGAGAUGCUGGACAUCCCACGAGUGCUGGACAUGUUGAGGCAGCAGAGAAUGAUGAUGGUGCAGACUCUUUCUCAGUACACUUUUGUCUAUGGAGUUCUCAUUCAAUUUCUCAAAAGCUCAAGACUUAUAUAAUCCCUCCCACUUCCUAAGGGACACUGCAAGAGUUUACAGAAAGAAAAUUACAGUUGUCCAGGCAGACCUGCUCUCACUGUUUUUUUCUUUGUAUGAUGAAUCACACAGUUACCUUUUAGGGCUGGUAUGUGACUGUUAAAUGCAAGUCAAUGUAACAGUCCUUGCAAAGCAGGAUCUUCGCUGGACUAAAUUCUUCCCAUGUUCAGCUGCAGCCAUAUUAGGGAAUGAUUUUACUUGUACUGGUCUGGAGUACUUGGAAACUUUUUUAGAGUGGUGUUACAUUGGGCAAAAUAAAUAUCUUACAGAAUGGAAGUACAUGGCACAAUUGUACUAACUUUAUUUUUUUUUUUAAUGUAAUUAACUGUGCAAAAGCUAAAAUCUGUGGAUGCACAUGGGGAGAGAAACCUGCUCCUUGGGAAUGUCAAGGUCUUACACAGUUUCAUUCUGCUUUCAGUUUUAUAUUUAGAGCACCUGUAUUUUUUAAAAUGAACUUUUGGUUUCCUCUGGUUUACUUUGCAGAAUUAGCAGUUCUUACAUACUUUAAGUGGUUGCUUUAAGGGCAGUUAUUUUUGUAUUUUUUUUUAAACCAACUUUUUAAACAACAUAUUGUUUUCAGAGGAGAGGAUUGACAAUGCUUGAACUGAAAAAUUGUGCGGAAAGUACUAGGGUAAUAGGUAGUUGUAGAGUGCUGUGUAAUAGAACUUCCAGGUGAACGAUCAAGUUAACUGUUGAGAAUUUCCAUUUGAGUAGAAGCAAGUUUACCUAUGGAAUUGUAGGCAACAAGCAGGGGAAAAAUACUAUAAUUAUCUACAAAUGUCCUGGAAGGAAAUGGAUGAGAGAAAGUACAUAUUCAGUAUUAUUCAUAUAUUUAGAGGACAGUUUGAUUUUACUGGCUGAAAUCAAAGUGGAUGCAAAUGUUUUAAGCACUUUUUUUGCUCUGUUAUUUAUGUAGUUAAACAUAGAAACUAUAAUCAUGUAUUGUUUCAUAUGGUAAUAUGCCAUUACUAACCUGUUAUUUUAGGAAGAGCCUUUAAAGUUCAUGAAGUGAGAGAACCAAAAUUGGAGUAAGAAGGUGCAUAGUAGCGCAGUGGGAAUGAUCCUGUAACACAUAAUGGAGGAGGCGUGGCAGCUGUGAUUGCUGGUUUGCACAGUGCAAAGAUGACCAUUCAAAAUGUUCAUGUUCCCAGUCAGGAGAGCCUUUAAAGCACUGGAAAUUUCUGUAGAAUCCUUCAGAUUAUUUUGUUAGUGCUAGAACAGGUUUUGCUAGUGGUGGGCAGUGUUGCAAUGAAGAAUGUUCACAGGAGCUGUUUGAGAAUGCCUGCAGAAUGUAAGAACUCUUUGAGGUAACACUGGAGAUGUGGGUAUUUUGGUAACUGUACAGCUGGCAGUUAGUGCUUGUGGUGUGGAUCUGAAGAUGUCCUGCCUCUGCUAGUUAUAUUGUCCCUGACUGUAGUGCGGGUCUGGUCUAAUGACAGUAUCCCUGAAUACUCAUUUGUCUGUGUUUUUAAAACAGGGACAGUGUGGUUUUAACCUGCCUUUUCAAGUGUUUUGAGAUGCUGAGUUGAAAAUCCCUAUACAAAAGUGAGCUAUUUGUUCUUAGAUAUCUGGUACAAUUCCAAAAAAACUUGUAGCAGACCAGUCUGCAGGUGUGUUUAAAUAUUUAUUUCUCAUGAUACCUGCUUAACGAAAUGAAAUGAGACUGAUAGUGAUUUUUUUCACUGGUGAAAUGAUGUUAUUUUUCUCUGACCUGCCUCAAGGGUUUGGAAACUAUUAUGAAUAAUUACCCCACCACACCCCCCUCUUCAAAACAAUGAUUGUCCUCUCAAAGCAAUAAUUAAAAUAGUCAUAAAUAGGUUGCCUCAAUUUCCUUUGUAAUAAGCUACUUGUAUAUAAAUAAGCGCAAGGUUAAAUGACUUUGUGCUAAUAUGUUGUUCUAUAGAAAUGUGCUGGUUUAAAAUACACCGUAGCAUUCAGCUAGUGCAUUUGGUCGUCUUUUGGACAGUCCAAAUUGUUCUACUUUCAGUAGCAGUAAGAUUGAAUAUUUUAGAUGGGGGAAAAUAUUCUUUCUGUAACUAUGAAGUGCCUAGCAAGUAUUAACUACCAGAUGUAAAACUGGAAGGAACACUGCCUUAUUCCAGAGGACACCAGCUACUGAAGACUGAUUCUUAUAUAUAGUCUUGCAAGCAAACCAAUUUGAUGCAUCUGUGUUAAGUAUCAGUGAAAGAAACAAAGAUGUUUGUAUUGUGCCCUGUGUUUAAAAACAGUUUGCUUUUUUUUAUCUUUUCUUUUUUACCACAGUUCACCUAAGUCUUCAGAAAUAUUUGUGAGUGGAAAGGUACACUCUAGAAUGUAGCUGGUACCAUUUCUGAAGUUUGAACUGUGAUCAUAACACGAUACCUGCAGCUUUCUAUGAAAUUAUAUAUGGCCACAACUUCAAGCGACACUUUUUAUCAAUUCGGAAGUUACAUCAGAUAUAAAGCAUUAAAAAGAGCAAUCAAAAUAAGCAAUUUAAUUCCAAACUUCUGUGGUGGCUUCUGAGGUGGGUGAGGGAGUAAGUCUUUUCUUUUGGUUACCUUUUUUGUCUUGCUGAGAGGAACUGAGUUCUCUUUUAGAGGUGGUGAACCUCUAAAGAGGUAAUUAGAGACAACCUCUAGGUGCUCUCUAAUCUGGUAGUCAGUCUUGAUAUUUUUAAGCAAUAACACUGCUACCUCCUCCACUUCAGCUUUCAGAUCUUUCCAUCAGCAGUGCUUUUCUGCAUCAAUAGAUUUGACUUUGUGUGAAUUUUCCUACUGAAGAUAGCAGGAUUGUUUUUAUAUAUAAGCAUAUGUCUCCAAGUGAGCUUUAAAAAUGAGCAGUUUUUCUUCUGAAGACACCAAAAGAAAUGAAACUCCACAACCUCCUGUAACAAAAUUAAUUUAAAAGCAUUGUUUAGAUUCUCAGAUAACUUCUAAAAGAACAUUCAGUUUUUAGCUGUUCUGAGCCUUGAAAGGGAUGCUUUUUACACCUAGUUGCGCUGGAUACAUUGUAAAGUGUUGGACUUUCUAAGAAAAUUCAUUGCCCAAACCUAGUCACAGCCUGAACUGCAUGUGGAUCUGUCUGUCAGAAGCUUAAAAUUCCCCUAUACGCCUAUCCAUUUUGCCAAACGUGCUUCUGUUUGGAUGGGUAAGAAACCAGAUAAUUAUCACGUGAGAUUUGACUUUUUUUAGUGGAAAAGUUGCGUGAAGCUAUUCCUGAGGUACAUGAUGAAGAGCAAGAUGUAGGUCUCUAGGAAAGCCAAAGUUCUCAGGGAUAAAUACAGGUGCUAUAGUACUGCCAGGAGACGGAGUUGACUGUCUUGUGUGCUAGGUGGAAAAUGCUUUUUAGAAUCAAAUUCUAUGAAGAGUCAAGAGAAGAAGCUAUGAAUUGUAGUAAGGGCUUCUGACAUUUGAUUUCUGCCUUGUUUGCAAUGAGGAGAGAUUGUUUGGCCAAUGAAUCUUUGUAUUCUUGGGCUCGCAGCUCUUCUCUAAAAACAAAAUUCAAAGCCCUGUUGAUUGCGAAGGUGACGCUGACUUAGCAGGCUUUGCUGUAGGCUGCGAAGCACGUCUCACUCGUCCUGUGACAGAAUUGGAGCAGCAUGUUGGAGUUCUGCAUAGUGUUGCUGCAGCCUGCAGAACAGUGCUGUCCUUUUUCUGCUGCACGUAGGAAUGUGGUCUCCAUGAGCAGCACAACUUUUAUGCCUUAGCAUUACUCUCAUUGUGCACAACUGAAUGGUGAAAACUACAACUGCAGGCCACUAUGGUUUAGAUUUAUAAAUGUAACUAAAAGCAGGUGAGCAAGGCAGAAUUCCUGUAGCUUCUGUGGAUGAUGAAAAGUUGCUCUAAAUUAUCAUGAAUGUUUAUAUAUAUAAGUAAAUUAAUAAUAAAUAAGAGUAAAAUGAGUGUUAAAAUGGAAAAAUUCUUGGCAUUUUGAGGAAGUAUGUAUUUUUUGGCUCGUCUUGUAAUCUUGUGCAUCUUUUUAUCUUUUUUUUUUUUUUUUUUUUUUAAGUGGAUGACAUUUGGAGCAGUUUUCUCCAAAAAUAGCUUCUUAAAUCCAAUAACUAAGGCUACCAGAGGCUGCUGGUACAUUUUUCUUGUUGGAGCAGCUGUUAAAGUUGAGUGGCUCAUAGAUUUCGAUGGCCUUUGGACCAAACUCGGGAACUGCAGGGUUGUUUAUCAUACAAGUUAGCUGUGUAAUGGGACCUCAGUUUUAAUACCAGUAGCGUUACUAAAACCCUGGAAUUAAAAUAGUGAACUCAUUACUAUACUGCAAUAGUUAGCUCAAAUUACUAAUUUAAAAGGAACAACGGUUCAAUUGCUAAUAAUUCCAUGCUUUAGGUAGUUGGUUUUUUUCCCAAUAUUUAAAACUCAUGCAAAGACAGAGCUCAGUCCUGCAAGACACAAAAUUCCCUCAGUUCUUCCUGAUACUGUGGGAAUUAAAAAAUGCUUAUUGCCAGUGAAAGUUUGAGCCUUUAAAGCAUGAAUAUUCACAUGUCUACUUUAAAUUUAAAUACAGAUUACAAGAAUUAACCAAAAGAAUGCAGCAGGAAUGUGCAUACAUGAAACUAGAGCAUUAAAAGGAAAAGUAGCUAAGAUAGCUUGGAAGAAAUUCUCUUUUGAAAGUACAAAAUGUUGGAACCAGAGAGCAUGGAUCUGAGGAAUGACUGAAGGCAUUUGGAGGAGGAUUUGGAACAUGUUGUAUCCACAGCAGAACUGCUAGAAGGGUUUGAUUCAUAUGGUAUGUUUUUCAUGGCAUAGUAGGGUAAGUGAGCAUGUAGUCAUAGGUGUUAUUUUUACAGGCUUUUUAAAAUGUGAUUUUUGAAACUCCAAAUAUUUUUUCAGAAGCUGUGUUAUUUUUAAACAUAUUCUUUUCCAAAUGGAUGCAAUGCAAUCUGUCAGCUCAGUUUCUGUUUACUCAUUAAAGGUCAGAUUUUCGAACUGUGGUCUCUGGUUUUCCAUGUGCAAACUGCAGGGCGAAUAAGCAUACAUGCAAAUUUGCACCAAUAACUUCUAAUGGAUGCAGGUUAGACUGUUUGGAAGCUUAAGUAAUUUUGUGAAUGCAGCUAGGUGUUUACUGCAGGUGUGAAUUACACCAGGUUAAGGUUGGGUUGAGAAUCAGAUCCUUGAAAUGUGGAAUUUUAACAUGUGCUUACAAAUAUGUUGCAGUGCAGCGUUUGCCAUACACUGAUAUGAAAACUUCAGAGAAUCUCUAAUACUGUGCUAGGAUAUGGGAAAAUAUCUUAAACUUUCAACAGCUUUUGCAAAUAUUUCUGUAAAAAAGAUUUCUUAUUAAGAUCCUAUUGGGGACCAGCUAACUUGGUGUGUUUUGCUGGCAUCACAUACGUUACCUUAAGGUCUACAAGGACUGUAAAAAAAAAAAUAAAUCUUAAUUUCUAUGAGCAUUUCAAAAAACAGUUGCUAAAUGACCUUUGAUUCUGUUCUUUGCUGUUUUCCACAUGAUGCUGCAUUUAGUGGUAAAGAAUAACCUCCAGUGUAUUUGCUCUUUAGAAGUCCAUUCUUCAGCUCUAACUGGGGAACGAAGGCAGAAAUAAAGUGCAAAGAUUUAACAGAGUUUACAACAGAUCCAGCGUGUGGCAAGUUAGAGAGCAAGUCUGUAGACACCGUAAUGUUGUUUUGUUUCAGAUAGGUGGCAAUCAAUACUACCAAAUUGUUACUUUUACAAGCACAGUUUCAGAAGGCGCCUCACCUUUAAAAAGGGAAUUUAAAUGCUGUUUUUCCAUAUGGAAAUAUUUAAGAAAAAAAAAUAGGGGAUUUUGAAGUAUUUAAAGACUUCGCAAACACUGUUCAUUUUUAAAAUGAUAGGAAACUUGAUAGGAAAAUAACAUGUAAAAUCCUCCAGUCUGUCACAUUGCUAAUCCUGAAUAAUUCUGGCAGACAAGGUGUACAUGCUGUCUCUUUGCAAAGAUACUUCCUGAAGUUGCUUUGAAAUACCCCAGAUCCCUGUGUCCUCUUUAUGGAUGAUCUGGGGAGAGACUUAGGUGGAAAUUUUAGGAACUUGAACUUGCAGAUCAGUAUGUACACUCCUGCACAUUGCUGAAAUCUCUUCUUUCGCCUAAAGCAAGUUGUGUUUGAAGUCCUUUCAGCAGCUGUGUAGGACUGAGUCCUUGCUGUCAGAGCAAUACAGGAUCUGGCUCUGUUUUCUUCCAUUUUUGUUUGAGUCAAUAUGCAAGGAUUUAAAUGGAACUUUAUUUAAAAGUAACAACAUGAAUUUUCAAGUAUUAUUUUCUAGUACUAAGCUAGUGGUUAACACAUCUAUUUUUGCUGUCUUGCCACCAAUACUGUAAAAAUGUAUAAUCAAAACAGCUUUAAUUCUUGUAAAACUGAAAUUGGUUUGUAAAACAAUGUACAAAUUGUGUUUCAUAGACAGAAAAGCUUGUAUUACUGAAUGUAAUAUAUGUGAAAUGAAUAUAUAAUAGUCUAUUUUUGCCAUGAAAAUAAAUAUUUGAAGCAAC